AACAAGAUGUAACAAAUGGCAGCUUGAAAUUCAGAAAAACAAACGUUACAUUUGGACCAGUGUCAGAAAGCCUAAUCCAUAAGUAUGCAGAAGCCAUGAAGUCUGUGGGAGCUUUGAUAGGUGACAAGAAUAUUGGAACAAUUUUCCGUGUAGGAAGACAGUAUGGGAUGACUGCUGCACACGUUAUUGAUUCCAUUAUAAAUCCACACAACUUGCUUAAGGGGCGUGAGGAUUUAAACCAGUUGACACACUGCUGUGUGCAAUUUCGUGAUCGAGGAAAGAUAUUUAAACUUAAGCCUGUACUGCAUUUUAAAGAUAACAGACUUGAUGUGGCUGUAGUUGAGUUUUUAGUCUGUGAUAUACGAAGACUUCCUCCACCUCUGCAGCUUGUGAGAGAUGAUGUUUCUUCCACAUUAAAAUCAGCUGUUAUGAUUGGAUACGGAAAUCCAGAACAGUCUGGGAAAUUUCUAGAGUCUGGUGUUGAUGUCAUACAACAACAUGAUAUUCCGAAGAAAGAAAUCAUUGAAUUUAUAAAUCAGCACAAGAAAACAUUUCGUACUGCUCUGAAAAUAUAUGGAAGAAGUGCAGAUAUUGUUGAAACAGGCUACUUAGGUUGCGAAGCUGAUACCCUUAUGCUUUUGAACUGUAUGAUGGGACCAGGAGCUUCGGGUUCCCCAGUAUUUACCACAGAGUAUCCAGCAUCAUUGAAGGUUACAGGACUUUUUAUUUGUGGCUAUCCAAAAAUGUACUAUGAAUUUCCCGAUUCUGUGCAGAAAAAGUUUCCCCUAGAGUUCACAUUUGAGGCAGCAACCAAAACAAGCGCCAUCUAUGAUGCUAUGUGUAAGAAUAAAAAAACAAAAUUAGCUAAAGCUAUUUUUGGAUGCUGAAGGUAAAUAAUUCUCUUUGUCCCUUUGUCACAAUGGUUGUUAUUUGAAAAAUAAGAAUAUAUCGGUAUGCAAAUUAAAGUAGGCAAAGGGUUGAAGUUCCAAGAAUUUAAUAUUUUCAGCCGGGACAAGUCCAAUUGUUCAUAAGACUUAGUUUCAUUUGAUGAAAUGUUGUUUCACUUUUGAGAUACCACACCACAGGACAGUAUUGAAAGGAAGCAAGACAGUAAACAGGAUAUGUUUGUACUUUUUCAUAUUUUAUUAGUUUAUAUUUAUGUUUUUGUUGUCUCUACAGUGGUUCUUAGUCAUGAUUUGUUUUAUUAAACUUCACUGUAAUGAAAAAUACUUUAUUUAAAUAACCAGUCAGUGUCAUGUGAUGAAAUAUUGUAUUUCCAUGUAUUUUGUUAUAUUGUUUUGAGUAUUUUAAUAAAACGUGAUAGUUAACUGCUAUUGGAAAAUGCCACCUGGCAAGUUUAGUCAAAUUGCUGGAGGAAGACAAGAAUUAUGGCCCUUUAUGCACAUGUUUAGUGUCUGUAUUCAAUUUUCUAUCGGUCCAGAGUCAUCUCAGUCAUGGUUUGAAGGAUUUCGACAAAACAAAGUAGAAUUGUUAAAUGCUAUAGGUAAAUGUAGCCCUGCAUAUUUCAGUUAGAUUGGUUCAAGAAAACAAAGAUUUAUGGCCUUUUGUACUGAUAUAUAUGUAUACAGCACAUAUAAAGUGUUUUUACUCUAUUUUCUGUCCGUCACGAGUAUAAUCUCCGAGACGGCUUGAAGGGAUUUCAAAAAAACAUCGUUGAAAUGUUAAAUGCUAAAAGGGAAUGUGGCCCUGUAAGUUUCAGACACUUCUUUAAGAAGACAAAGCUUAUCAGCCUUGCUAUUUGUAUAUAUAGUACAUAUAUUUUAGUGGGUUUCCUAAAAAACUAUUGGUCAGAAUAAUGCCGGACUUGGUCUGUAUCACCCUGGCAUAUACCUUUCUCAAACUUGUUCAUAUGGUUCAGCUUGGUUACAUUUAGAGGCCGCCAGAGCUAAUAAUAAAGGAACUUUUAAAACACUUCCCAUGAACGAACAACUGGAUGGAUAUUCACCAAACUUCUGUCUGUAGCAUCCUUGGAUGAACUUUUCUCAGAUUUGUUCAGAUUAUUCCAUUUAACUGCACUUAAUGACUGCAGGAGCUUAAAAUACGAAGAAAAGCCUGUAAACAACUUCUUAUGAACUGUAAGUUUUCAAAAUAAAUUUUACACACGUUCCUUGGGUGACCCUCUGCCGAAGUAGUAAACUCGUGUUGAUUUGUUAUAAACCAUAGCACCAAUGAAACAUGUUUCAGCUGUGAAAUUCAGGUGAGUGGUCUAGGGCCAAUACCAUUAUCCAGUUUGGCGGGGGAUACCAAUUCACUGAAUUUGCUUGUUUUGAAUCUGUGAGCAUGACAUUUACUGAAAAAUGCAGUACAAUGAGCAUAAUUAGACCAGAUAUGUAAGUCAGGGCCAUUAUGCAAUACAGAUCAGUCAUAGUUUUCAAAAUGUUAUCAUAUUCCCUGUUGCCCUGAAUAAUAUAUACUUUUUAGCUCGACUAUUAGAAGAAUAAGUAGAGCUAUCCUACUCACCACGUCGUCGGCUUCACAUCUUGGUUAAGUUUCUUGUACAAGUCCACAUUUUGACAAAACCUUUUGAGAUAAAGCUUUGAAACUUCCAACACUUGUGUACCAUUACCCUGUCCAGUUUUAGGCAAGAGUACAUAACUCCAUCAAGGAUUGUGGCUGAAUUAUUGUCCCUUUUAACUUACAAAUCUUGGUUAAGUUUUUCGUACCAGUUCAUAUUUUGUGUAAACUGUUUGACAUAUGGCUUUGAAACUUUUAUCACUUGUUUAUUAUAACAGUCUCUAUCUGUAGGCAAGAGUACAUAACUUUGUCAAGUAUUUUGGCUGAAUUAUGUCCCUUGUUAGACUUGGAAAUUGGUUAAGUUUUCCUACAAGUCAACGUUUUGUCAAAGUUAUUUGACAUGUGGCUUUGAAACUUUGAACACUUGCUUAUCAUCAUGAUCUUCAUCUGUAGGCAUGAGUACAUAUCUCUGUCAACUAUUUUGGCAGAAUUAUAGCCCAUUUUGGACUUGAAAAUCAGUUUAAAUUUUUCAUACCAAUCUAUAGUUUGCCUAACCUGUUUGUCAUGGCUUUGAAACUUUCACCACUUGUUUACCAUCAUAGUCUACAUUUGUAGGCAAGACUACAUAACUAGGACAAGGACUUUAGCUCAGUUAUGGCCCUUUUUUGAUAUAGAAAUAAGUUUAGGUUCGCAUACCAUUCCAUAUUUUGUCUAAACUGUUUGAUAUAUGGCUUUUAAACUUUGACCACUUGCUUACCAUCAUGGUCACUCAUUGCCAUAUAGUGCAAGACUUAUCCAAAUCCACAAAUACAGAAACAUUGUUUGUCUUAUCUAUUUUUCUUCUUUUGUCUGAAAAUCUCUGGUAAUAUUUUGACCCCAUACUUCCAUCAACUCUUCCAAUAGUCGAGCCCGCUGUCAACAGACAGCUCUUGUUAUUAUCUAAGAUGAAUAGGUGGCUUCAUUACUCUCGCUUUCAUAGCUCUUUGUAUUGUUUAUUGGUGCCUGCAAUUUAAUUUUGUCUUUUGACAGUUUCUGUGAUAAGCAGGCUCCAGUUUCUGUGAUAUGUAGGCUCCAUAACCUCGGAUCCUCUCUGUUAAUUCUAGUUUGUUUAGUUUUGCCCAUUGUUUUGUUGUUUAGGGCUAAUUUGCAUUAACUGGGGACCAUACCCCGCUUUUCAUGGAAUUGCAUUCUAGUGUAUAAUAGAAGGUUCCAUGUACUCCAUCAUACAAACACAACUGCAGAUGUCUCUAAAUUGUAUAAGUUGGUAACAUGUGUAGAUGUUAAGUUCUGCUCAAGGACUAGAUGGUGUGGAUGCUAGCAUGCAUUUCCACUACCGUCAACUGAAGAGUCUCAAUCAAAUUGAGCCUACAACAUUUUCAUUUUUGUUUUUUUUUUUAUUUUUGAUGUGUUGGGUGAUAUGUGGGUUUGAACUUUUCCUUUUGUAUUUUUAUGGCGUUACAAAAAAUGUCAAAUUUUCUACUUAGCAUUUUGAUAAGUUGUACAAAAUAUAGAGACUAGGACUGUAUUAUUUGUCAAUAUUCAGCUGAGUUGUUUUGAUAGUUUAUAUAUUUUGUAAUUGUUUUAUUAUACGCCCGAAGGGACAUAUUAUAGUUUAUAUAUUUUGUAAUUGUUUUAUUAUACGCCCGAAGGGACAUAUUAUAGUUUAUAUAUUUUGUAAUUGUUUUAUUAUACGCCCGAAGGGACAUAUUAUUUUAUAACACUGGUGUCCAUCUGACCGUCCGUCCGUAAGCAAUUUCGUGUCCACUGUAUAACUCUUGAACCCCUUGAAGGAUUUCAAAGACACUUGGCUUAAAUGUUCACCACAUCAAGACAACGUGCAGAGCACAUGUUUUGGAUGGCUUGCUUGAAGGUCAAGGUCACACUUAGGGGUCAAAGGUCAUAUAACUUUGUAUCGUGUCCGCUCUGUAACUCUUGAACAGCUUGAAGGAUUUUAAAGAAACUUGGCACAAAUGUUCACCACAUUGAGAUGACUUGCAGAGCGCAUGUUUCGGAUGGCUCGCUUCAAGGUCAGACUUAGGGGUCAAAGGUCAUUUGGCUUUUUUUCAUGUGUAUAUUGCACUGCAUUGUGGUGCUCUUGUUUUUAUUUGGCAGAUCCCUUUUUUAUACGCCCGUUUGAAAAACGGGACGUAUUAUGGGAACGCCCCUGGCGGGCGGGAGGGCGGGCGGGCGGCGUCCACAGACUUUGUCCGGAGCAUAUCUUCUACAUGCAUGGAGGGAUUUUGAUGAAACUUGGCACAGUUGCUCACCAUCAUGAGACGGAGUGUCAUGCGCAAAAACCAGGUCCCUAGGUCUAAGGUCAAGGUCACACUUAGAGGUCAAAGGUCAAAUUCAAGAAUGACUUUGUCCGGAGCAUAUCUUCUUCAUGCAUGGAGGGAUUUUGAUGAAAGUUGGCACAAUUGUUCAUCAUCAUGAGACGGAGUGUCAUGCGCAAGAACCAGGUCCGUAGGUCUAAGGUCAAGGUCACACUUAGAGGUCAAAGGAUACAAGAAAGAAAACUUUGUCCGGAGCAUAUCUUCUUCAUGCUUGGAGGGAUUUUGAUAUAACUUGGCACCAAUGUUCACCACCACGAGGCGGAGUGUCAUGCGCAAGAACCAGGUCCCUAGGUCUAAGGUCAAGGUCACACUUAGAGGUCAAAGGAUACAAGAAUGAAAAUCUUGUCCGGAGCAUUUCUUCUUCAUGCAUAGAGGGAUUUUGAUAUAACUUUGCACAAAUGUUCACCACCACGAGGCGGAGUGUCAUGCGCAAGAACCAGGUCCCUAGGUCGAAGGUCAAGGUCACACUUAGAGGCCAAAGGUCAGAUACAAGAAUGACUAUCUCCAAAGCAUUUCUUCUUCAUGCAUAGAGGGAUUUUGAUUUAACUUGGCACAAUUAUACACCAUCAUGAGAGAAAGUGUCAUGCACAGUUCCUUUCUUUAGAAUUACUUCCCUUUGUUGUUACUAUAAAUAGCUUAUAUUGAAACUUCUUCAUUACUAGUCGUAGGGAAAAAUCGGGACCACUUUUCUGUAGUACAACAUGCAUGCUACAUCCAAUUUUGAGGUGUAUUUUGACCAAUCUCUACCUGGUGAAGACUUUUGUGUGGACUUACAUUUUUUUUUUUGGAUUUUUUUUUUUUUUUUUUUUAAGAUUAACUUCCCUUAGUUGUUACUAUAAAUAACUUAUAUUGUAACUUUUUUAUAAUUGACCAUAGGGAAAAACCAAGACCACUUUUCUGUGGUACAACAUAGAUGUUACUUUCAAAUUUUAGGUUUAUUUUAAGGUCUCUCUACCUGGUAAGGAUUUUUUUUUGUGGACUUAGGAAAACAAAAGACUUACAAUGAUUACUAAACAACCACAAAAUGAAAAUUCAUUUGCAGUACAGCAGCUAGAGUAAAGAAAUUUGCUGUGACAGGCGUAUAUUGUGACAUUCUGGCACUCUUGUUGUUCACUUACAAUAAUUGUUUUAUUGAAUUACUUCCCUUUUAUGUUACUAUAAAUAGCUUAUUUUGUAACUUUUUUAUUAUUGGUCAUAGGGAAAAACUGAGACCACUUUUCUGUGGUACAACAUGGAUGGUACCUCCAAUAUUUAGGUGUAUUUUGACAUAUCUAUACCAGGUUAGGAUUUUUUUUUUGUGGACUUGUAAUUUUUUUUCUGUCAACUUAGAAAUUUUUUUUGAAUUUUUUCCCUUUGUUCUUCCUGUCCUUUGGGCUUCUUUAAAUUUUGCUCCCAUCCUCCUCUGACCCUUCGGGUGUAUAUUGCCCCGCUUGGCGGAGCUCUUGUUUUCAAUGCAUUAUACUUGUUUAUGUUUAUUGAUAUUAAUCAUAUUUUACAGAUCUGUCAUUGUAUUUUUAAGGUGAAGACUUAUUUAUGUAAAAUUAUAUAUUACUUGGCAAUGUCUGUAUUUAAAAAUUGUUUUUUGUUGAAAAUACUAAUGAAGUUUGUAUAAUAUGAAGAUUGCAAUAAUGGUUAUGUUGUCUGGAGAAAAAGUGACUUUGAAUAAUUUGUUAAUAAAUAAAAGUAUUUGUUUUCCUUGG